AUGGGCAUCGGUGCUAGUUCGCCCGCCAGGUUCCAACCGGGCCUUGUUGUCACUCUCGACGCGCUAGGAACACUCUACAAAUUCCGGGAGCCAUUGGAAAAGCAAUAUAUCAAAGUCGCUGGGAGAUGUGGUCUCAGAGCUCCUAUAAAAGACGAAGAUUUAAGCUCAGCUUUCAAGAAGUCCUUCAGAGCUAUUUCAACUGAAUAUCCGAACUACGGCAAAGGUCAACUAAGCAGCCCUCGAGCAUGGUGGAAGACUGUGGUCAAUGAUGCGUUCCGUCAAGUUGUCGAUGAGAAUGAAAUCCCCGACCAUCUUGGCGAAGAGCUUUAUGAUCACUUCACCUCGAGCGCUGCAUAUGAGCUCUAUCCAGACGUUCACCCCUUCUUUGCUAGCAUGCGAGAGUUGAAGCAGCGGUACCCAAGGUCGGAAGAUCCUAUUGUCUUGGUUGGUGUAGUGUCGAACUCAGAUCCUAGAAUUAAGGCGAUAUUGCAAAGUUUAGGACUUCGAUGCGGUUGGGCUUCAGGCCCUAUACCAGAAACUACACGGGAGCGCUGGAAUAGAACCACCAAUCAGAAUGGUGUUCCUGACGUGGGAGAAGCAAUGAAGAGUCCUUGGUAUGGAGCGUGGAGUCAGUCCAACGAGGUCGAUUUUAUAGCUUCAAGCUACGAUGCUGACGCAGAGAAACCCGAUCCUGAUAUUUUCAACCACGCCAGGAUGCUAUGCGAUUUGAACAUUGCGUCGCGGUUCGAGCAGGAAUGGAAAGACUGGCGACCAAGUUUGAACUACAUAAAGCAUAAACUAAAGAUCCAACGUCGCAUCGAAGCCGUCAACGAAAACUCAACAUUCAUCCAUAUUGGUGAUGAAUAUCUCAAGGACUAUGGCGGCGCUUUGUAUGGCGGGUUUGAGCCACUUCUUCUGAAAAGAGACGGGAGCGGUCCUGUUCCACCUCAAAAAUGGGAUAAUGUGACAGGUAUCGACACUUCAACCGUGAUAUCGGACCUCGAACAGGCUGCUGUCGCUAUCAGAAUAAUAGCCGAUCAGCACUUCACAGCAGAAAAGUCCGCUCCACAGAACACGAAUAGUACACGGAAGCCUCGACCAUCAAUACCGAUUGACCUUAGACCGGCAAGUGUUUCUAUUCUAGACGACAAGGACGAUGAGCAUGUCAGCGCUGCUUCUUACAACGAACCUGUUACACAAUUCCCGAUAAUAGAUGCUACAACCACUAGCAAAAAGGACAUUGUGCCUUCGGGGAAAGCAGCAGAAGUCGUCCCAGUGAGCGCCGAAGGAGUGCAACUCAUAGAGCUGUCGAUAAAUGAUCUACAAAGGGAUUUUAUGCAUGACAGCAAUCUGUCAUACCUCGUACCGCAGGAGUCAGAGCCGGUGAUACUUUCAGAUGAGGAGGACGUCGUCGUCGUCGCAAGAAUGAUGCAAAGAAGUACCAACAAGGUUGUGUGUUGGGACGACAGUGGCCCGCCUGUCAGAUCGCAAUUGCGGCAGCAAGAAGGUCGCUCGCGUACAAUGAUACCGCAGUACGGCGAACAAAAAGAAUCAACCAUCACGCCAAUCUUAUCGCCUAGAAAGCCGAUUGAAGUCGUGUCAGGGAAGAUCUGCGAGCAAGACCAUUCAGACCACACCAUGGUGAGCAAACCCGACCUCGUCAGAAACGAAUUGCCAGCUGUUAUGAUCGAGACCAGCCAUGAUCUCGUCCAUGACGUGGAACAGCCGAGUCCGUCCUUUGCAGAAGUCGUGUCAGGCAGUCGUGGGCCUGAAGCAGAGGCAUUCCCAGCACUGUUACGACGGAAGCGGAAAGGUAGAGGAAAGCAGUCAUCAUACUACGAUAUUACUCCAGAACUGCGUUAUAUUCGUUGA